AUGGCCUCCAACCUGCUCCACAUCCUCCCACCCCAGCGGCUGCUCCGGCCCCUGGCCGUGCCAGAGAGGCUGCUGCUUGGGCCGGGACCCAGCAAUGUGCCCCCCCGCAUCCUGGCUGCAAGCAGCCGGCAGCUCCUCGGCCACAUGCACCCCGAGGUGCUGCAGGUGAUGGAUGACAUUAAGGUGGGUAUCCAGUACGCCUUCCAGACACAGAACAAGCUGACCCUGGCUAUCAGUGGCACUGGCCACUGUGCCAUGGAGGCUGCCUUCCUCAACCUGGUAGAGCAUGGCGACACAGUGCUGGUGGCUGUCAAUGGCAUCUGGGGACAGCGUGCGGCCGACAUCGCCAGGAGGCUGGGAGCCAGUGUACAUGAGCUGCUGAAGCCCCCAGGCGAGUACUUCACUCCCUGGGACAUCGAGGAGGGCCUGAUACAGCACAAGCCCUCAGUGCUCUUCAUCACCCAUGGCGAGUCCUCCACAGGGGUGCUGCAGCCACUGGAGGGGCUGGGCAAGCUGUGCCACCGGCAUGGCUGCCUACUGCUUGUGGAUGCUGUGGCAUCACUUGGGGGAGCCCCCAUCUUCAUGGACCAGCAAGAGAUCGACAUCCUGUACUCGGGGUCUCAGAAAGUCCUUAAUGCACCCCCUGGAAGCGCACCCAUCUCGUUCAGUGAGCAAGCCAGGGAGAAGAUUCUAAGGAGGAAGACAAACCCUCCAUCGUUCUACCUGGACAUGCGUUGGCUGGCAAACUACUGGGGCUGUGAUGGAGAGGCGCGAAGGUACCACCACACGGCUCCAAUCAGCAGCUUCUUCAGCCUACGGGAAGGCUUGGCCAUGCUGGCAGAGCUGGGUCUGGAUAACUCCUGGGAACUCCACCGGGUCCACUGUGCCCAGCUGUGCCAGGGGCUGCGUGACCUGGGGCUUGAGCUCUUUGUGAAGGAGGAGGUGACGAGACUUCCCACCAUCACCACUGUUAGGGUGCCUGAGGGCUAUGACUGGAAGGAGAUCACAGCCUUUCUCAUGGACAACCAUGCAAUCGAGAUCUCUGGGGGCCUGGGCCCCUCACUAGGCAAGGUCCUGCGGAUCGGCCUCAUGGGCUGCAACUCGACCAGCAGGAAUGUGGACCGUGUGCUGCAUGCCCUGCGAGAUGCCCUGAGGUGCUGCCGCCGCAGCAGGCUGUAA